UUAAAAUUGGAGACUUUUUGUAUUUAUUUUGACUGUUUGGAAACUGUAUCUGUAACUAAAUAACAAUGGAUAUAAAAACAUUGUUACUUAAAUCCUUAUCUGCUAAAAAGCCAAUAUGGAGCAGUCGCCGCAUUUACUUUGGAAAAUCGUGCUUUAUUAUAAAAUAUGUGGUAAAAGGAAAAAUGUUGACCAUCAAAAGUAUAAAAAACACCAGCAGCAAAUGUAAAACUUGGCCAGAACGUAUAAAAUACUAUCAUUGGGCUUAUAAAAGAUAUCAUAAAAAACAAAGCAAUUUAUCAACUACACACAAUAUACUUUACGAAGAUAAGGAAACAUUUACCCUUGAAGUUCCUACACUCACAAAAGAAGUACAAACAGAAUGUUCAAACAUUUAUACAAUAACCAAAACCACAUCAACACAAUAUCAAAUGUUAGUAGCAAUUACUUCAUCAGCUCAACAAACUUUAGCUUCUGCCUUGUUUAAUCGAAAAACAGUAUACCUGAAUCAAAUAUCUAGUUUAGUUAAAUCAUCAAAGACAUGUCAAACUGAUUUAAUUAAUACUGAAUGCAGAGCAGUACAAUGUAAAAGAUUUUGCCUCAUUAAAGCCACAAACACCGAUGAAAAUACCAGAAACUCUAGUACACAAACCGAUUUGUUUGUUGUUGCUACAAGUCCAGACAAAUCUUGUGAACCCUUGGCUUUGGAAAGUAGUGGUAAAGAUUUGGAUGUUUUAAUUUAUAUGUUAAAUGAAAUUGGCGAAAUAGUGAUCAAUCAAAAUCAGUUAUUAAAUAACAACUCUGAAAUGAUGAAACAAAUAAUGCAAGUGAAUAUGUUACCAAAAUCGAAAUCUUUGGAGAGCGCUAGUAGGUAA